AUGGCAGACGACAACUUGAAUGCCCACCUGAGCAAGCUUCAGGAUAUCCUGGGCAAGAAGAUCACCCUUGACCCGACAGAGAGGAGCGACGACAGAGCGAUACCUAGCAGCCGUGGCAAUGAGAAACCCAGUUGGGAAGACGAACAUGUCGACCUCAAGAUGCGUCAUCAAGGUGAAGAGUCUAAUGGUCUCGGCGCUGAAACAGCUGUCAACGUGGUGAACCCGGCCAAGUCACCGAUUCCAUACAAGGAGGUCGACUCGGCCACGCUGAAAAUCGGACAACCUGUCGACGAAGAGAUUGCUUUUUGUCCCUGGCACGCGGUUGUGCAUUACCCAGCGCGGUUUGUAGGAAAGAGAAACAAGCCAAGGGCCCAGCCGUUCUUUGACAAAAUUUUGGAAGGCAAGACAUGGGAUUUCUUCUACCUGCACGACCCAACCGAGCCAGAACAAAAGCCAUGCCUUCUCAUACCGACUGUGCAAUUUGUCGGGUUUCUCGAAGGAAUAAACCAGAUUCUCGCAUCAGAGCUCGUCAUUCCGCAAGGCCCAAACAAGCGUCUCUUCAACCUGCAUUUCGGAGUGGGAGGUACACCACGACCGCGAUACCUAUUACGAUCGCGGGACCGGAAGAAGCUUGGCAUCGACGAAUGGCCAGCUGCAAACGAGGAAGAUGUCCGAGCGUACAAAGACGCAGCCGACGUGCACCGAGACCUGUGGCUAUCGGAAUGGGAUAAAACAAAGCAGCACAGCUUCCCAGAGAAUCGGGGUGGUACAUACCGCGCUGAGAAAUCGAGGGCAGCGCGUCUGCAGAUGCUCUCGCAGGCACAGCUACAUCUUGGCCUCCAGGGGGCUCGAGAGCCUCCCGCAAGACCCGUGACCUUUAUCUGCGUCGACAUGGAAGCGAUUGAAGUCGCCCCAAACCCAGUUUCGGAAAUCGGCAUCGCUGUGCUGAACUCGGAGCAUCUGAAAGGCGUUGAUGCUGGACCGUCGGGUCAGAAUUGGUGGCACUUUAUCGAUGCGCAUCACAUAAGAGUAAAGGAGUAUGCUGGGCUGGUGAAUUAUCGCUUUAUUCAGGGCUGUCCUAACAACUUUGACUUUGGAACAAGCGUCUUUUCACUCCAGGCAGCACUCAUCGAGACGCUCAACGCAACGUUUGCCAAAUACGCAAAUGGCAGUCAUGACGUGUUCCUUGUUGGCCACGACAUAAAGUCCGACCUUGGGUAUCUCUCCAACAUUGGCUUCCCGAUAAGCCAAUUACCUGGUUUGGUCGGCAACAUCGACACACAAGCCAUUUACCGCGCUUGGAAGGAUGGCACGAAAUCUUGCAGCCUGGGCAGUGUACUCGCAGACCUCGAUGUCAGGUAUAAGAACUUGCACAAUGCCGGAAACGACGCCGUUUACACGCUCAGAGCCAUGGUUGCCAUCGCAUUGGCCGGACUGCAGCCCGAGCAAGACACGCAAGUCACUUGA